AUGAAGAGAAAGAACAGUGACUCGUCUCAAAGUCCAUCACAAGUUUCCCAAUCCAAUGAAAGUGAGGAAACACAUGAUAGGACUUGCAAUUUUCACUACCUUGGUGUUCACUCAUACGCAACCGCAAAAGAUGUCGACAGCUCCGAGUUGUCAAGACAAUUACUCGAUUGUUUGAAUCAGGAAAAAGAUGAAAACCAGACCAUCCAUGUUGGAAGUUGGGGAAACAAUCUAGGAAGAUGGAAACUUGAGAUCUCACUUACAAAAAUUGAAACCAUCCUUACAGGUUUCGAUCCAAAAGCUGAUACUCACAAAUUCUAUUAUCUUUUUCUCUUCAAGCAAGGUUGUCCUCAUUUAAUGGAACCAGGAAGAAUGGAAGGAAAUGUUAAAGUACCUGACAACUUGCUCGAAUGGGAUGGAAAGUUUAGCAAAUUACGAUCCAAUCAAACCGUAGCUAAACAUUGCAAAAAGCAAAAUGGAGAGUUCCAUAUUGUACUUUUCAUUCAACCAAAGAAUUCUGCAGAGAAUGGUCACUAUCUGAUUAGUAAGGAAACUUUCAUCGCUGACACUUCUUCGUCAAAGAAACGAAAAUCAGAUGCGUCAUCGACCGACGACGAAGCAAGCACUCAUUCCAGUACUGGAGAUUCUCAAACUUUACUUCAGAUCGAACCAAGUUCAACAACCACAAUUACCAUAUCAAUGCAUGGCUACUUGGAAUUGAAAAAGAAGAUCGAACACUUGGAGGAACAGAUUCAAGACAUCAAGAAGUCUAUCGAUCAAUUCAUUCAAGUCAAGGAAGCCUCUCCGAAUGAAUCGUAA